CUCAACUGAAAAACUAUAGGUUAUAUCCUUUCUUCUUACUCUAACUAGCCACAUUUGGGUGGUUAGGUGGUGUAAUUUUCUGACGAAAUGAGGCUUCAAGGUGGCGGCCCUGCCAAGGGUCGUCAAUAUUUGCCACAAAUCUUAACAGCGUUGGUUAUAUUGGUUGUUGCUAAUGUAGUGUCGGCUGACCCUUAUGUGUACUCUUCUCCACCACCUCCAACGUAUGAGUACAAGUCACCACCGCCUCCUUCUCCUUCUCCACCACCGCCAUAUGUGUACAAAUCUCCACCUCCUCCUUCACCUUCUCCCCCGCCUCCAUAUGUCUAUAAGUCACCUCCUCCUCCUUCUCCAUCUCCACCUCCACCAUAUGUGUAUACGUCUCCACCCCCGCCAUCACCAUCUCCACCACCACCAUAUGUGUAUAAGUCACCACCACCUCCCUCACCGUCUCCACCUCCACCCUAUGUGUAUAAGUCUCCUCCACCUCCAUCGCCAUCUCCACCUCCACCAUAUUAUUACAAAUCUCCUCCUCCACCAUCACCUUCACCACCACCUCCGUAUUACUACAAGUCUCCACCUCCACCUUCACCAUCACCUCCACCACCAUACUAUUACAAAUCUCCACCUCCUCCCUCACCAUCACCACCCCCGCCAUAUUACUACAAGUCUCCACCUCCUCCAUCACCUUCAACUCCACCACCUUAUUACUACAAGUCUCCUCCUCCACCAUCCCCAUCACCACCUCCACCAUACUAUUACAAGUCUCCACCACCACCAGUGAAGUCUCCCCCUCCACCAUAUUACUACUCCUCACCACCACCACCAAAGAAAUCACCUCCUCCACCAUAUCACUACACUUCCCCACCACCACCUGUUAAAUCACCACCUCCUCCAUACUACUACUCCUCUCCACCACCACCCAAGAAAUCACCUCCUCCACCAUAUCACUACACUUCUCCACCACCACCUGUUAAGUCACCACCUCCUCCAUACUACUACAACUCUCCACCACCACCCAAAAAAUCACCUCCUCCACCAUAUCACUACACUUCUCCACCACCACCUGUUAAGUCACCUCCAACUCCAUACUACUACAAGUCUCCACCACCACCAACUCAUUACUAUCCUCCACAUCAUCAAUUCGUGGUCAAAGUUGUCGGAAAAGUCUAUUGCUUUAGAUGUUAUGAUUGGAAGCACCCGAAAAUGUCUCACGGCAAGAAACACCUGAAAGGGGCUGUUGUUGAAGUAACUUGCAAGGCUGCUGACAAGAAAAUUGUGAGUUAUGGUACCACUAAGAACAAUGGCAAAUUUAGCAUCACGGUUAAAGGAUUUGAAUACCGCAAAUAUGGAGCAAAGGCUUGCAAGGCUAAACUCCACUAUGCUCCUAAGGGUUCAAAGUGUAGCAUUCCUACAAACCUUCAUUGGGGAAUAAAGGGUGCUAACCUCAAAGUGAAGUCAACGAAUAAAUAUGAAGUUGUUCUUUAUGCAAAACCAUUCGCUUAUGGCUCUAAGACACCUUAUGCCGAAUGCAAAAAGCCCAAGCCUACACCUGCUCCAUACUACUAUAAAUCUCCUCCACCUCCAUCACCGACUUAUGUCUAUAAGUCACCACCUCCCCCAACCCCGACAUACGUGUAUAAGUCUCCACCACCACCUGCUUACUAUUACAAAUCUCCACCACCACCAUCACCAAAACCCGCACCUGUGUACUAUUAUAAGUCACCACCACCACCAUCACCAAAACCGGCACCUGUGUACUAUUAUAAGUCACCACCACCACCAUCACCAAAACCUGCACCCGUGUACUAUUAUAAAUCUCCACCUCCACCAUCACCUAAACCUGCACCGGUAUACUAUUACAAAUCUCCACCUCCACCAUCGCCAAAACCUGCACCAGUGUACUAUUAUAAGUCACCGCCACCACCAUCACCUUCUCCGCCACCUCCUUACUACUACAAGUCUCCUCCACCACCAUCACCAAAACCUGCACCAGUAUACUAUUAUAAAUCACCACCACCACCAUCACCUUCUCCCCAACCUACCUACUACUAUAAGUCUCCACCACCACCAUCACCAUCACCUCCACCACCUUACUACUACAAGUCUCCUCCUCCUCCAUCACCAUCUCCCCCUCCACCAUACUAUUACAAAUCUCCACCACCACCAUCACCAUCACCUCCACCGCCCUACUACUACAAGUCCCCUCCUCCACCAUCUCCAUCACCACCUCCACCAUAUUACUACAAGUCACCACCACCACCUUCGCCAUCUCCCCCACCACCCUACUACUACAAGUCUCCACCGCCACCAUCGCCAUCUCCUCCACCACCAUACUACUACAAGUCUCCACCACCACCAUCGCCAUCUCCUCCACCACCAUACUAUUACAAGUCUCCACCACCACCAUCGCCAUCACCUCCACCACCUUACUACUACAAGUCACCGCCACCACCUUCCCCAUCUCCUCCACCACCCUACUACUACAAGUCUCCUCCACCACCAUCCCCAUCACCUCCCCCACCCUACUACUACCACUCUCCACCUCCACCGGUAAAGUCUCCUCCUCCACCCUAUUACUACAACUCACCUCCUCCACCAGUGAAAUCACCUCCUCCACCAGUAUACAUUUAUGCUUCUCCACCACCUCCAACUCACUACUAAGUAUUUCCGAAAGCUCAACCAUUCUCCCAAAUCAAUCAAAUUUCAAUUUGAAGCACAAAAUAAAGGAUGGUUACUUAAGAGAAAGAAUCAAACUUCAAUGGUACAAAUCAAUUAAUUUAUUGAAUGAGAUCUUCUAUUUUACAAUUGGAAGAUUGAUACUUCAUGACAUGGACCAGUUUGCUUCAACUUCUCCUCUGGCCUUCUUGCUCAUUGUUCUCACUGCCACUUCAUGGAGAAAUAACUUAAUUAUUUCUUACAAUAAGUUAUCAAUUAUAAUUGGUUCUUGAAUGUAUAUGAGCUUUGAUGUUUUCUAUUCCUUUAUCAAUUCAUUUCCUAUUAGUUAUAAUUGUAUGUUGUUUUGUACUUUGUACUUCGUGUACAAAUCAUGAAUAAGAAAGAUUAAUUUUAUUAUA